AUGGACCUGUCAGACCCUGAGGAGCAGUUACUCCACUAUGCCAAGACUGGAAGCCUGUCUCUCAUCCAGUGUCUUCUGCAGCUACGGAUUGAGCAAGAUCUCAGACUCAACAUCAAUUGCAGAGGUACCCUUUAACUCAAUGUAGUCUAAUGUACCAUCAUUUUAUGUUGAGAAGCCUGUUGCUGUUCUGGUAAUCAGACUACAGUUAAGUGAUUGCCUGGUGUGAUGGCCCAGGUAAGACCAAGACCAGUGCAGGUUGGACACCUCUACAUCUGGCCUGCUACUUUGGACACAAAGAUGUUGCAGAGGAAUUGCUCAAGGUGAGAAUAAUACAGACUAUAUUAUGUAUGUUUGACCUAGUUUAUUCUCCUAAAAUGUAUGUGUGAGCAUCAGUGUGUGUGUGUGUUAGGCUGGUGCUGAUGUGAAUUUACAGAAUAACAUGGGCGACACGCCUCUACACAAAGCUGCCUUAACGGGAAGAAAGGUAAACAUUACAUCUUUUCAUGGGCUUUUUACAGAAAUACAUGUGUGUACAAGAUCAUGUAUGUUCAGGUGUGCAGUGUGCACAGCUACUUAGUGGUGCAUUUCUAUGGAGAAUGUAAUCCUAUUUUCUAUUACAGGAGGUAGUUCUGUUGCUGCUGCGAUACGAUGCCAGUGCCACUAUCAUCAACGGGAAAGCACAGAUCCCUAAAGCUGUCACAGAGGAUGAUGAAAUUAACACCAUGCUGGAGGGUAGGUUGUGAUUAUGGGUUACAUUAGAGCAGGGGUGUCAAACUCAUUUUAGCUCAGGGGCCACAUGGAGGAAAAUCUAUUCCCAAGUGGGCCGGACCGGUAAAAUCAUGGUAUAUAUAUAACUUAAAAACAACAACUUCAGAUUGUUUUCUUUGUUUUAAUAUGAUCAACAUAAAACAUAAAGCUGGAGCCUGAGGACAGUGUGUCCAAAAUAGUGUAUAGUACAAGCACAACAUCACUAUUAAUCAUAAAACACCUCAAGUUUAUUUGAAAAUUCUAAAGAAAAAGAACACACAAUGCCUCAGUGAUUAACAGAACUGUUUCACAGAUCACAGAACUAUAUCAGGGUGUCAUUUCUCAGGCAGAAAUGUAGAUACAAAUGAUGAAAUCCUGUUCCCCAAACAAGUGCAAGAACCACAGAGUCAAGAAUAGGUUAAAUAUACAAAUAAAAUAAAAUCAAUUAAAAACAAUAGCACAUCAACAUAAAAACAUAUAAACAUAAAGCUGGAACCUGAGGACAGUGUGUCCAAAAGCACAACAUUACUAUUAAUCAUAAAACACCAAGUUAUUUGAAAGUUCUGAGGACAAAGAACACACACACACACAAUGCCUCAGUGAUUCACAGAAGUAUAUCACAGAUCACAGAACUAUAUCAGGGUGUCUCAUGCAGCACUUUAAGUGGGGUUGCAUAGUUUAUUUGACUCCUGAUACCUGGCAUCUUUUAGCUUUCACCAGCACAUCAAUAUCAGGCGUCACAUCCUGAGUGGCAGCCAACUUCAGGAUGUGAUUCAAGUGCUUGUGCGUGAGCCUUGAGCGCAGCUUUGUUUUAUUUAUGCUCAUUACCGAGAACUUGCUCACAAAGAUAUGUGGUUCCAAACAUGCACAACAGUUUUGCAGUGAGGGCUGUCAAGUUGGGGUAACCUGGCAAGAGAUUCUGAUAAAAUGUGUCCAAGCCAGCUGCGGCAAAUUUGCCCUUCAAAUCCGAGUCACACUGCAAGUCUAUUAUUUCAAGUUGGAUGCUGACGGGCAGAUCAGAGGGAUUCACGGUGAAUGGCGAGCAAAAAAAAAAUUGAAGUCUUUCUCCAAUUCACCAAAAAUCUGAAAGCGUUGCUCAAACUCCCGUAACAGUCCCGUUAUUUUAUCUUUGAACCGCUUCAUGUCUGCCACAUGUUGGGUCGUGCACACAUUUUUCAUACAGGGGAAGUGAGCUGCAUCACCACCGGCGAGUUGCGUCUCCCACAAUGACAGCUUCAACUUGAAAGAACGUAUGCUGUCAUAAUACUGCGUGACAACUUUGUUGCGCCCUUGCAGCUGUUUGUUCAAGUUAUUCAGGUGCUCUGUAACAUCCACCAUAAAUGCAAGGUCCUGCAUCCAUUCUGCGGAAUGAAAUUCUAACACUCCUUUUCUUCCAUGAACUGUUCAAUUUCUUCUCGUAAAUCAAAGAAACGCCUCAGCACAGCACCUCGGCUUAACCAUCUUACCUCAGUGUGGUAUGGCAGGCCAUAGAUGUGGUCUUUCUCUCUGAGAAGGCUGUCAAACUGACGGUGAUUCAGGCUUCUGGAUCGGAUGAAAUUAACAGUUUGGAUGACCACCUUCAUGACGUUAUCCAUCUUUAAUGACUUGCAACACAAAGCCUCCUGGUGCAAAAUAGUGAAAAGUCAAAAAAUCACGUCCUCCAUUUGCAGAUUGCACUUUCUCUCUGAACUUUGUCACAACGCCUGCUUUUUUUCCCGAUCAUUGAGGGCGCACCAUCUGUAGCCAGGCUGACAGCGCGGGACCAGUCCACUCCGACCCUGUCCAGCGCGUCGACGAGUGCGGUGAAAAUAUCAGCUGCUGUCGUUGUAUCUGUCAUCGGCACCAACUCCACGAACUCCUCGGUGACGGUCAAUGUGUCAUCAACUCCGUGGAUGAAAAUGGCCAGUUGUGCAACAUCUGUAAUGUCCGUGCUUUCAUCAAUUGCAACCGAAAACGCAAUAAAUUACUUUACUUUUUGCUUCAACUGGCUGUCCAAAUCCACUGAAAGAUCGGAAAUCCUGUCUGCAACUAUGUUUCUUGUCAGGCUAAUAUUUACAAAAGCCUGACGCUUUUCAGGGCACACAAACUCCGCUGCCUUCAUCAUGCAUGUUUUUACAAAUUCACCCUCACUAAAUGGUUUUGAAGCCACUGCGAUUUCAUUAGCAAUGAGUUAGCUAGCUUUCACUGCAGCGUCACUGAUGUCUCGGCUGUGAGUAAACACAGACUGCUGUUUCUUCAGACCCGCCAACAGUUCAUUCACCUUCUCUCUUCUCCGCUGUCCUUGAAAGUUGUCAUAUUUGUCGGCAUGAAGACUCACAUAGUGGCGACGAAGGUUAUAUUCUUUCAGCACUGCAACAUGCUGUGAACACACCAAACAUACAGCUUUCCCAUUGAAUUCCGUGAAUAAAUAGGAGGAUGACCAUUUUUCUUGGAACACUCUGCACUCUGCGUCCACUUUUCUAUUUUUUGACAGAGACAUAUUGGGGCAAUGAGGGUGCCAAAGCACAUAAUGUUAAAAGUAGAAGCCGUAAUAAAUAUCGCGGGCAAAACAAAGUAGCUCAUCCGGACUGGCUGCACGUGCUUGACGUACUUGCUCUGCCCCGGUAUAAACAGUUUGCUUGCUUAACACAAUUGCUAUUGCGCCAUCCAGUGGACGCAAUUGGAACAGCAGUUUAUUGAAAAAUUGCAGCGCAUUUUUAUACUUUACAAAAUCAUCUCGCGGGCCGGAUUAAACCCGUUUGCGGGCCUGAUCCGGCCCGUGGGCCGGAUGUUUGACACCCCUGCAUUAGAGGAAUGAUUGAUGGACUCUUUAUCGCUGCACUAGAUUGUGUUCAGUAGGUCAAACAUUUAGAAUUUUCCUUUGCAUAACGUUUUGCUACAGUAUGCCCUACUGAACACUACCCUGGUUCACAAGCCCUGUUUAAUGUUGUGCAGCUGCAGAGAGAAGAGCUGAGAGGAGACAAGAGGAGAAACUUCUGGAGGCGGCCAGAGAGGGAGACAUCUUCAGCCUGUCUGAGCUGGUCAGCAUCUGAUCAUCUCUGACCCUCCACUGAACCUCUGGUUACCUUCCAAAUGGCACCCAAUUCCCUAAAUGGUGUACUACUUUUGUCCAGAGCUCUAUCUGGCCCAUAGGACUCGGGUCAAAAGUAAUGCACUAUAUAGGAAUAGGGUGCCAUUUGGGGCAAAGCCUCUGAACCUCAGAAUGGGGUAGAGCAGAGGCCUGGCUUUGGGCUGACUGCCCAAAUGGUCUUCUUGAUGAUUAAGCGCCAUAUACAUGACUUGAGCUUUCAUGUUAUUGUCAUCAGCUUGGUUACUGACCUCGUAAUUGAAGAGGUCAACCUAGUCCUUCCAUUGAGGAUCCAAGACCACAAAAACUUGUUUGGUUUUAUACAAAUUUAGUUUGCACAUAGCUAUAUUGAUUGCUUACAUGCAUAUUUGACUUACAGUUGUUGUGCAUGCAUGUUAUGUGAAUGUUAAGACACCAUGUGCUUAAUUAAUUCACUUUAGACGUGACCUUUUUCAGCUCAGCAGGAAGCGGCCUCCUGACAUCGACUGUAGAGACCUGCAGGGGAACACGCCUUUACACUGUGCUGCCUACAGGGGGCAGAAGCAGUGUGUUGGAAAGCUGCUCAAGUGUGGAGCUAGCUCCAGCAUGAAGAACAAGAGUGGUAUGUUUCCCUGCUGAUAUGUCCACUGAGGAAAUAAAAACACACAGGAUUUUGGGUCAACCAUAAUUCACCUAUCCUCACCAUGCACAUACUUUGUAUAGCAUAUAUAUAUUUUUGGUAAGUGGGAUUGUGACUUUGUUUUAGCAUGGAUAUUACAUUUGAUAGAGCCUGGAUGUAGUUGAAAAUCAUCAUCACUUAAGUUUCAUAAUGUGUAAAACAGAGGUGUAUAGAUUUAGAUUACCACAUUUGCAAACAAACUAUAAGCCUAUUUAGCUGGUGUCUAUAUCUGCGUCCCUAAUGGCACCCUAUUCCCUAACUCUAUGGGCCCUGAUCCAAAGUAGUUCACUAUAUAGGGUAUAGGUUGCCAUUUGGGAACAUCCUAUGUGGUGUAUUCACUGCCUCCCUCCCUGUCAGCUGGCAGGAGGUUUAGUUUAGUUUAUUAGGAUCCUCAUUAGCUACUUCACAUGCAGUAUCUACUCUUCCUGGUGUCCACAUAAAACAUACAAAGUACAGAACAGUUAUAGACAUGAACAACAAAAGAAAUUACAUUAAAUUCAAAAAAAAUAAAGUAAGAGUUUUAUAGAUUGUAAAGACACCAAGAGACAACAAAAAUACUAUUUACACACAUAUAUCAUAUUCUUAUAUACAGUACAGUUAAAUUAGAUCUUUAGAAAUAGGUUAUUGAUAAUGGUCUGAUAAAUGGCUUGGUUCUGUUGCAGACCAAACGGUGUUUGACCUGGCCUGCAGUGAGGAGAUUAAGCAAAUUCUGGAGGGCAGUCAUGACAAGGUGAGGUGCGAGAGGAACGCUCGCUGAUACUGUUAAAAGCAUUGGUCCAGUGCUCUAGUUUUCAAUGAAAUCAUGACUCACGAAACAUCAAUGUUUUUUCUUCCCUUAAGGAUACAAUUAGUGGUGUGCAGAAAUUUGAAGGCCUCCUAUGGAAGGUAUUCUUAUGAUUUAUUCACAACAAAUAUUUAUAUAUUCUGAAAUAUACUGUACACUCUUGAAUGUAAUUGAAUGGUUUCAUACAGUACCUACUGUAAAAUUAGUACAGUAUAGACCAGCGGUGUUUAGUGUCACUCUGAAACCUCUGAACUGACAUCCUUUAGUAAAAUAUAGUGAUGCUGUCUUUGGCCCUGUCCUAUACAGAGUUCCAGGUUCCUGGGAUGGCGUUCCCAUUGGGUGGUCAUUCAAGAUGGGGUCCUGUCCUGGUACCCUAGACAGUGAGUCCUCCAACCUUCUUCCCCCUCCUCCUCCUCUCUCUCUCCCUCUCUACCUCCCUCUCUCGCUCCCCCCUCCCUAUUGCAUACACAACACAGCACCUUGCUCCUCCUCUUAUCCCCUGAAGAGCUUGAGGUAGUACAGUGAAAAGCUCUUGAUAUCUUCAUCUCUCUGUCUGUGUUUGUUUCUAGAGCUGAUGCCGUGGCGAAUGUCCGGAAGCAAGGCGCUAAGGCUCUGAUGAAAGCUCACUGCAGGGUAGGUAGGCACCAGGCCAGGGUGCUGUGUUCUCAAUGCUUUACCCCACAUUGAGAUGUGGACAGCACAAAAGACAGUUAACCCUUUACUGUCACUUACAGGCCUACCCUCCAAAACCCAACACCUCCAUUCCUGCAAUGCAUAUUUAUCACAUUAUGUUGAUAUUAGAAAUACCUAUUGUCAUCAUAUCUGUACUGACUAUUUUUUUAUGUUUCACGGAAUUUGAUUCAUGUUCCUCCAGGUAAAAGCAUGGGACAAGUGCUUCUUCAGCCUCCGGUGCUUUGAUCACAGUCUCCAUCACUUUAAGGUGUCAUCUAAGACUGAUCCAGAGGCUAUAAGAAAAGUGAAGUUCUGCUAGUAUAGAUAAUAUGUGGUUUGGGACACUGCACUUCAUAGUUUACAACACAUAGACCUAGUUUUUGGUGUGAUUAUUUGUGUGUGUGCUUGCAGAGAUGGCUGGAUGCCCUGGAGGAGCAUACGUCCUACAGCAGCUGUUACUCUACCCAGGAGCAGACCACUGAGGAUGAGGAGGGGGAUGAAGAUACACUGGGGGACCUAACAGACUCCCUCCAGGUCAGCUAAAUUAUUUUCCACCAGCAGCAUAUUUUCCACCCAAUGCCACACACACACAUAAUCAGACCGGGAUUCAAACCAACACAGAUUAACAACCGCACUACAAUAGACUUUUAAAGGUAAUUUCCCUGAUGUUUAUGGAGAUCGCGUUGGCUGUAAAUGCCACGGAUGACGGCUCAAGCAUCAGUCAUCUGUAAAAGUAAAUCACAGUGCCCAGGUCCUACAUUUUCAUUGUUGAAUUCCGGCCACUGUCAAGUAUAGUGUUGAAUACAAGGUUCAGUGUGCCAAGAAAAGUGAAUAGCAUCCUAUCAAAGCUGUGUGCGGCUAGUGUGUACUUACACAAGGUGAAGUGUCUCUCUUGCUCUAUGCAGGCUGCUGAAGCCUGUCAGCAGAAAUUGGAGACUCAAGUGUCUAUUUUUCUGUCCAUGGUGAAGAAUGAGGAGAACAACAGUAAGAGAUCUCCCAUUCAUGUUCUAACUGCUCCUUCACAGCUUCUGCCAGUCUCUCUCAUUUACUGUCUGUCUGUCUAUGGCUGUGUUUAGACUUGGACAGUUUUUAUGCAGCUUUAGUAUUCUGAUCAUGGAAUUCCGAAUGCUCCAUGCAUCUACACCUACAUUUAAAUGUGUCUACCGUGUCCACCAGGGGUGCAACUUUGGUUUUAGAAGUGGGGGGGGGCAUACAUUUAUUUUUUAUCCAGUCGGAUAAACACUCCAAACAGCCUACCCUACCGCUCGGAGGCGUCCACAUGGUCCUAAAGCACACCGUUGCGUCGUUUUGUAUCACAUUCCAAUGAUAAAACUGGGGGGGGACAAAAAUGCAAUUUCAGAUUGUGGGGGGGACAUGUCCCAAGUGAGAAUUGCGCCCCUGGUGUCCACAGUGUGUCCGUAUUCCCUUUUCCCCAGCUAUAUUCAAAUGCCAGGAUGCAUUCUACAAAUGGUGGAAUAGGCAAAAUAUGAUAAUAACAACAACAACAACAACUGAUGGCAGUAGCUAACUAGUCAGUUAACCUCUGUAUUUAGCUAGCAAGCAAUGCUAAAGGGAUUGCAAAUGGGUUAACAUAACUCUAGCCAAACUAUUUUUAUUUUCUUCUAAAUAUUAUGAUGGCAGCAAACACGUUCCUCACACUCUAGGAACUUAUUUCCUCCAACGUUAUAAUGAAAUGAUGCCUCUUGGUCCCAAAACACAAGUUUUCUGGACACUUGUGGGAGGAGUGCUGAUGACGUCGCCCACUGUAUGUGCUUUCGGUAGCCUGAUUGCGUCCAGACUGAGGAGAAAUCCGCACAGAAUGCAUCACUGACAACCUCCUGAAGUGGUCAGCCAGAUCUGAACACAAUCAGACCACAUGUUAAAGUCAAUGUAAUUAUCCUGUCAUUCAAUCACAUUGUCCCUUUUACUGAUAUUGGCAUGAAUUAACCCUGUAAAUACUAUAGAACAUGCCUCAGGAAGGAUCACUAUUCAAUUAAGAGUUUGGGAUAUGAUUAACCUUUGGUUAAAAUGACCGUUUCUGUAAUGUGUGUAACUAUCAGGUGGUGUGACAUGUAUAACCACAGAAUUAGAUAGAACAGUAUAGUGUUGACUGUAUAUCUCUAUGGUCCUAACUCUUUCCUCUCCCUCUGUGUUCCAGCGUUGGCUGCUCCUCUUCUGCUGAAGGCCAGGGAGACCAGUGACCUCUCCAGGGAGACCAGCUCUGCCCUGCACAGCUGUCUGGGUCUGUUUUCCAAACAACAGAAGGUACAGUAA